UCUCUGAGUUGCGCCCCGUCGCUUUGUUUGUUCAGCCUCGUCUCUCCUGCAGAAACAGAAACUGAGCGACGUGGACACUGCAGAAAGAGGAUGAAGCAAACAACCUUCCUUCUGGUGUGCGGAGUCGCAGUGAGCUUCUGCCGGGCUCAGUCGGUCUCUGGAGGUGAGGAGGGGGAGGCAGAGGAGGAAUAUGUGGAGCUCUUCACCACGCCGGCCACUAAGAUGGGCGCCGCCACCUCGGACUUCGGAUACAACCUGUUCCGCGCUCAGGCGGCCCGCGAAGCCUCCACCAACAUCUUCCUGUCACCCAUCAGCGUGUCCGCGGCGCUGACUCAGCUCUCCAUGGGAGGGUCUGAGCGGGCUGAGCGGAUGCUGUUCCGGGCCCUCCGGUACCACACCCUGCAGGACCCCCAGCUGCACGGCACCCUGAAGGACCUGCUGGCCUCCGUCCGGACCCCCGGGAAGGGCCUGAGUACCGCGGCCCGCCUCUACCUGUCCCGACGCAUUCGUCCAAAGCAGGAGUUCUUCGCCCUGGUGGAGCAGCAGUACGGAGUUCGGCCUAAGACUCUGGCGGGAGGAUCCAAAGACGUGUCCGAGAUCAACACCUGGGUGUCUAAGGAGACCGGAGGGAAGGUGCAGCGCCUCCUGGCCAAGCCCCUCCCCCGAAACGCUGCAGUGCACACCGUCAGCGCCUCCUACUUCAAAGGGAAGUGGGUGACCCGCUUCGGUCAGAGUGGAGUGAUGGAGAACUUCCAAGUGGACGGGGCGGAACCUGUCCGCGUUCCCAUGAUGCAACAGGAUAACUACCCCGUGAAGAUUGGCGCCGACUCGGACCUGAGCUGCACGAUCGCUCAGAUCCAGAUGCAGGACGACAUCAGCAUGUACGUGUUCCUGCCGGACGACGUGACGUCCAACACCACGCUGCUGGAGGAGAGUCUGACGGCAGAGUUCGUGCAGGACCUCUCCAUGACGCUGAUUCCUGUCGAGGUGUCCCUGUCGCUGCCCGCCCUGAAACUCAGCUUCUCCACCAACCUGCUGCCGCUGCUCACUGACCUGGGACUCUCUGAUUGGCUCGCAGACACGGACCUGGAGAAGAUCUCGACCCAGGCUACCAAGCUGGGAAGUGUCAAUCACAAGGUCGCCAUGGAGACGGCGCCCGAGGGGAACCAAUACCCGAGGAGCGGUGCUCCGGGUCACCUGACGUACCGCGUGGACCGCCCCUUCCUGUUCCUGAUCCGGGACGAGGCCUCGGGCGCGCUGCUGUUCAUCGGCAGAGUGGUCAACCCUAAAACCCUGACAAUGUAACACACACACACACACAUGCUUUCUCUACAACAGAUAUCACACUUUUCCAAAAUGUUUCACACUUUUAGGGGAAUUUGCAAACUAUGUGUGAAACUGCAUGUGGUGAGAACAAGUCUGAAUAACAAUGAUAGACACACACACACACACACACACACACACACACACACACGCACACACACACACACACACACACACACACACACACACACACACACACACACACACACACACACACACACACACACACGCACACACACACACACACACACACACACACACACACACACACACACACACACACACACACACACACACACACACACACACACACACUCACUCUUAGCAGGUUCUAGGAGGGGUUUCAGCUGUUUGCUUAUAUUUGCGAGGAUAUUUGAUUUAACGUUUUCGUCUUAUAUUUAAUUUUUUCACGAUGAAACAUGUUAGCGUGCUCAUGUUAGCAUGACAAACACACUGACAAUAUUCUGAGCUCAAAAGUGUAGUUUUAGAGAAAAUAAAUCAAAUGUUUUCUUCAAAGAAAUAAACGACAAUGAAAGGAAA